CCCCUCCUUCUCGCCGUUUCCAAGAGCCGGUUUUCUGACGGAGGCAUCAGCUCACGCGCCGCCCUCUCUGUUUAACUGUUUACAAAACACUGCGUACACCAGCCGUGGCUUCGCGUAAGCUUUUCUUUUGCGCUUAAGUCCGAUAUCCGUUCGCCGGGACCACGUUUUUGGGGCUAUAUUUCCCCCCCCCGGAGCGGCAUCUGCUUUUUAUCCGGAUGAGAGGAUCCUUACCGCAGUUCUGUUCCUGCAACGUGGACCUUAAGCUGCACGCGGGAGACGGGAGAGUCGGACUAUCGGAAUAAACCCACCGUUACGCGUCCAGAAAGAAGAAGAACUCGCCCGCAGUGGAUACCCUUCAAGGAAUGCUGCUGUCCAAGCUCAAUUCUCUGGCCCACAUCUCCCCCGGAGACAUGCCGGUGAAAAUCCAGCUCCAAGUUCAUCAAGGGAAGGAGAGAGAGCCCUUCGAGAAGCUCUACCAGGUCGGCGCGGUGCUGGGAAGCGGCGGCUUCGGCACCGUCUACUCCGGUACGAGGACAACCGACGGAGCUCCGGUCGCUGUCAAACAUGUGGCCAAGGACAGAGUCUCCGAGUGGGGCGAGCUGCCCAAUGGCUCCCGGGUCCCGAUGGAGAUCGUGCUGCUGAAGAAAGUCAGCACGGGCUUCCGCGGCGUCAUCAAGAUGCUGGACUGGUUCGAGCGGCCGGACAGCUUCAUCAUCGUGAUGGAGCGGCCCGACAACGUCAAGGACCUGUUCGACUUCAUCACGGAGAAGGGCGCCCUGCCGGAGGAGCUGGCGCGCAGCUUCUUCCGCCAGGUGCUGGAGGCCGUGCGCCACUGCCACAGCUGCGGCGUGGUGCACCGAGACAUCAAGGACGAGAACAUCCUCAUCGACCUGCGCACCGGCGAGAUGAAGCUCAUCGACUUCGGGUCCGGCGCCCUGCUGAAGGACACCAUCUACACGGACUUUGACGGCACAAGAGUGUACAGCCCACCAGAGUGGAUCAAAUAUCACCGCUAUCACGGCCGCUCCGCCACGGUUUGGUCCCUAGGCGUCCUGCUGUAUGACAUGGUGUGCGGAGACAUUCCAUUCGAGCACGACGAGGAGAUCACAAGAGGGCAGGUCCUCUUCCGGAGGAGAGUCUCCACAGAAUGCCAGCAGCUAAUCAUGUGGUGUCUGUCCCUGCGGCCGGCCGACCGCCCGUCCUUCGAGGACAUCGUCAACCACUCGUGGAUGCAGAGCACGUCCUCCUCCGCGGUCCCAUCCCCACUGCAGAUAGAGAAGACGACCGCAGAGAUCCGGCUGCACAGCAUCGGCAUCGAGACCACCGCCCCCCUGGCCGUGGCCCGGUGAGGGAGGCCGAAUCGUGUCCGAUUCUGAAACUGGACUCUCCACGACGCCAGAAGAGACCAUUACAAAAAGAGACUUAUGUAACGGACUCGAAGCAGAGAGGGAGGAGGGGCGCACAGGCCCACGGUACCCGGCACCGCGAGGUGUAACCGAGAAGAAACCGAGGUUGUGACAUCACCGCUCGUUUUCACCCUGGCAGGCCCCAGGCCCUCUCACCGCCCCGACUACUUGAUUUCCCCCCCGAGUCGCUCGGGUGGUCAUCAGCCUGUAGCGGGGCGCGCUCCGCAUCGCACAGACGCCUGCGUUGAGCAAAGACAAAUGCGCGAGCUCGCCGCUGUGCCCGAUCGGCAAGCGAGCAGCGUGCCCCCCACGACCUUUCAAGUGCCUUCUGUGACAUUGUUGUGGGGGGGGGGGGGGGGGGGAAGACCCUGAAAAUACUUGAAUUUGUGAGAGCAGAACAGCUCCUCACUGUACAAGGCUUUAUAUUGUUUGUUGUCGUUUUGUUUCUUGGUUUCUCUCAUGGGCCUAGAUCAGUGAAGCCCAUGUCCUUUACAACCACUGCUAUCACUACUUUCAUACUCCAAUGUCAUUAGCAACCAGGCGACCUCAUAGCUCCUGUGCAAACAAGUCAUAAAAGAAAACAAGGAAACACUG